GUCACCAGCACCAGCUACACGGUGACGGUCUCAGAGACCUCGUCCACGGCGACGUCGAUCACCGUCAGCUCUACAUCUUCCACCUCCACAACGUCUUUCACGGCCACGACUACCUCGGCCACCUCCACCGUCAGUUCGAGCACCACCUUGACGUCCAGCUCGACCUCCACGACAAGCACCAGCGUGACUACAACUACCACUGCAACAACAUCCACCACCUCGUCGACUCUUACCACGAGCACCUCAAUCUCCACCACGUCUUCAAGCAGUACAACGACAACCAGCACUUCAAUAACUUCCACAUCGACGUCUGCAACAUCGACGAC